AUGAAUGUAUUAGAAUAUAUUAAUUAUACAGAUGAAGAAGAUAUAGAAAAAGUGUUGGAUGACCAAGAAAUAUCUGAAGUCACUGAAAAUGAAGGAAGUGACGAUGAUAAAGAUAAUAGUACUGAAAUGCGAAUUAUUACCCACCAAAAAGCAUUAAACGCUUUAGAUUUACUAGACCAAUAUUUUUUGCAGCAAGAUCUCAAUGAAGUAGCACGAUUAGAACAUGAUGUUGCUUUGUUGAAUUUGUGUAAACAGCAAGGAAGUUUCAGAAUGAUUUUUAUAAACAAGUUAUCAUCGAUUCUCUUUGGCAUACAGACAGUUUCUUGA